UUUAGGUAGUCAAUCAAUAAUUCAGGCAAAUUGUUUUUCUGAUAUUUUAGAUUUUUUGUAAAUAGAAGAUAAAGAAUUGUGUUUUAUAUAAACAUAAAUUGAAUUUGCAAUAUUUUAUAUUAAUUUAAUAUGGACAACGAACUUAAAUCGAAAAUUGAGCAAGCAGUACGCACAGCAGAAGAUUUCACAAGGUUAUAUUACAAAUAUCUAGACAAGCAAAGAAAUCAAUUAAGCCGUUUGUAUCUGGAAAAUGGUCUAUUGGUUUGGAAUGGAAAUGGAAUAUCAGGCAAAGACAAUAUUCAAAAAUAUGUUGAAGAACUUCCAGACUCUGAUCAUCAUUUAGGGAUUUUAGAUGCUCAACCAUACGUGGAUAACGCAGUCUCAGGUCAACCAACUCUUUUGAUUCAAAGCGGUGGAAAUGUAAAGUAUACCAACCACCCUAGCAAACCUUUUCAGCAAACAUUCGUAAUAACAGCACAAGGAGAUAAAUGGAAAAUUGUGAGCGAUUGUUAUCGAUUACAAGAUUGCCUGCAAGCAAAUCAAAAAUGAAAACAUACAAUAUAUUACUUUA